AUACAACCGAACAUGUUAUCCGAAAAGGAAGUCGAUCCAAGCCGAGUGAUAAACCGAACAGUUGAUGUUGGCGGAAAUGUUGUCUCUACAGGCCUUGGAGCUUUGGAGCUAUUAGGUAGACGAGCGAUAGAUGUGAUUAAUGAGAGGGGCUUAAUUCGAUCAUCAAGUUCUUCGUCAGAACGUUUGGUGAAGUUUGACCAGAUUAGCCAUUUGACUGUCAAGCAAUUAUUCGAGUCUAACACAGGAUCUGCUCAUCUUGAGGCUAUCAAAUCCUUGACAGAUGAAGCAUUAGAAAAGUAUGAAAUUUUGUUAGCAUCCGGGAUAACUCCAGACGUUGAACAGAUUGAACAAGUCGAGCGGAAUUUGGUUAAUGAUGCAAUACCUGACGCUGUGCAAGAAACUGACAAUAGCGUGUUAGCGGCGCAAGCUGAUUUAAAGCUUAUGGUUGGAUUAUUGGAAAAGAUGGAAAUCAAAGCAUCCGCAAUAGUAAGACAGCUACGCACAAUUACAAGAAAGUUGGGCAGCAUCACACAUAGCAAUGUGGCGGCAUUUGAAAAUGAUUGGAAAGAGUUAGAGCAAGCUAUUAUGUGGGAGGAACCAGUAAACAAAAGAAGUCAAACUAAGGAAUUUCUUGAAAGUUCUAUCAGAGCAAAUUAUGAAGCCGGUAUCAGAGUUUUGGCCAACUUUGGAGAAAAGUCAUGUGAACAGAUGUUGCGAUUGGCGGAAGCAUUUCUCGUUCGAAUUGCGGAGAACAGGUUGAAUGACGAUGAAGAAAAAAAAGUCAACCACGUAACUCCAGCAAAAAUAUCGGAAUAUCUUAGAGAUUUUGCAGCAAAACUUUUAACAGAGGUACAUUUUGUUGCGGGAACUUACAUCAAGACAAUACAAGCAAUUGUUACUCGUGGCAAGACCUUUAGCACAAGCUUUGAAACCGCAGACUGGGACAUACUUGAUCAGCAGGUGUUGAUGGUGUAUGAGCAACUCCAUACUGAUUCAGGGACAGUCAUUAAUUAUAUCCAACACGCUUCGAGCAGCAUUUCGAAUAUAUUGAAAUUAAUGGUAGCAGAGAGUUAA